AUUGGGCAGUGUGGGUAGGGUUUACACAAACCUCUUUUUUUGUUUUAAGUUUUAACACCCAAUCCAAUUCUAUUCAAUUCUUUCAAAAAAACAAAAUCCCUAAUCUCUCUCUCGGUACUAUCGUUCCUCUCAGGCAACCGAUUCCUGCAAAAAAAGCGUAAUAAUUAGAAAAAAGAGCAGUUGAAGUUGUGUCGUAUCAGAGAUGGGGGAAAUUUGGUGGUCACUUUUGGGGGCUGCAAUCCCUGUGGUUGUCGCAGGACAAGCUUUUAGAUUGAAGAAAAAGCAUGCCGAAGAGCAGAAGUUGAAGAGUGCAAGAGGAAGAGAGAGGAGUUCCGAUGAAAUUUUCGUUUGUGAAAGGGUCUGCACUUCAAAAAGGAUGUUGAAAAAGGUUGGCUCAUUCUCAAAAGAUCCAAUUCCUGAUACUUGUGUUACUGUUUGUGGUGUGUCUGAUGUUGAUGCAUGUGCUGAUGCUUGUGCCCGCACUGUUUGUGUUAACCAACAUCAAGUACCUAAUUGGAAUGACAUAUGCCUUAGGAGGUGCCAGGCUGAAUGCCUUAAACUCUCUUCUCAAUCUUCUUAGUAGUUAGUUGCAUUUAGGCAAUCAAAUAUGUAUGUAUACUGGGUUUUCUUAUGAUGGUCAAUGUUUCGGCUCAUUAUUCCAACUUCAGAAUCCAGAUUUGUUAAAAUUCUAUUGAAAUACAAAUGGGGUUUUACUCAACUAGUUUCUAGUUCAUUUUAUCGAUUUACUCGAGUUCUGAA